CAUGACUUCUCUCCAAGCAACAACUACUGAUAUUAUAAUGCAGAUAUUAUCAACUUUUUUAUAGCAGCAAUUGCGACCUCCAAGCUCAUGUAUUGUUAACUGAAAGGGAUAGAAAUAGAGGAAUAGAUGGGAGCCAAGUUCAGGGGACAGGGUGGGCCUUGUUUAGAAGUUGGAGAAAGACUUUAGAAAGAGGAGAGAUAAGAAGGGAAUUUUGGGUGAAAGAAGCUUUCGUGGAUGGUGGAGACGAGAUUAUGUUAGAAAAAGAUGCAAACUUCUAGCUUUCUCUGGGGUUAGUAGGAUUUGGAGAGAUUUCUUUCCAACCUGGUUGUGGCAAAAGUCUAACCCAAAAGCUUGCUGCUCAUGUAGAUGCAGGAGAUGCUGGGUUUCAUAAUGGUACUGUCCAACUAGUUUAGAGGUGUGAAAACACACAGAAGAGAAGGGCGGGAGAUCUGUGCUCACUAGUUAGUAUUUACAGUAGAUUUCUAAAGGUUGCACGCACACAAACAGACACUAAUGCCUGAUUUUACAUCAAAUAUAAUAGCUAGUGCCAGUGCAAAAAGAAAGAAGACCCACCGCAUUAGUCAAGUUUUUAAGCUACAUGUUUUUCUGGGUAGACAUGACUCAUCGAAGGAGGUAAAAGAAUGUAGCAAAGCCAAGAUUGUCAUGGUUCUGUCCUUGUUCGUAUGAUCUGCGCAGUACCGCUGAUGCUUACUAACUAGCACCAAAGCUCUACUCAAGUGCAGAAUAUCAUACUACAUGAUGGAGACAAUAAUGUCGCACAAACUCAGUCUUUUUUUUGUUGGCGCUAUUUUCGCUUCUUUCGGUACUCGGAUCAAAUUCUUAAUUUAUAACUUUUGAAAUAGUUAGCUUUUCUUUAUCUGCCAUUGAUCCCAGCUUGUUGCUGAUUAGUUUCCAGUAAUGGUAGUAGUACUGGACUACUGGUACAACAAGUGGAAUUCUUUUCACUUGAUCAGGCUUACAAUAAUUGAGCAAAUGUUGAUGCUUCAUUACUUGAAUGGUGUGAAAAAUGUCAAGAAAAGCUGGCUGGUUAGCAAGACAUAAUAAUGGCCCGAGUGAUGGGACUCAUCAAAAGCGAUUCUUUGCCGAGGUCAUCCUUCAUCAUGACAGGAAAGCUGGCCACACAACGGAACAAAAAUGGGCACAUACGUACGUCGCAGCUACUUCUCUCUUUUCUCUCUACUUUGCAUCGAUCGGUACUCGAUCGUCCUCUCUCUAAAGUUCAGGACGGGGAGAUAUAAUAUUAAUCAGGAGGUCCUGCAUGCCCUGUACAGGCCAUAUGCAUGUAUUCAAAUCUAUCCGUUCUCGCCUGUGCCCGCGGCUCCAGGUGUUAUAUAUACUGCCUCUUCUAACCUGACACAGCCCCAACCCAUGCACAUCCUACUACCUUUGACAGCAUCUCUCUCUCUCUCGGUCUCUCCCCAGCUCUCUCUAGCUUCUCUCCUGUAGUAUGAGUAUGACAAGCCCCAGGCUAAAGCUCUUCGGCUUCCACUUCUCCGCCGAGGAGCAGGAGCACUAUCAGAUGGAUCAGCCCGAGGCCACCGAGCCAGACCACCAGAACGGGCCGCUCUGCGGAAGCGCUGGCGGUGCCGGGGGUUCGGACUCGUCCUCGUCCUCGACGACCACGACAACGACGGCCACGGCGGCUGGCGGCGGGGCUGAAGCGGCAGCCGGGCGGAGGUACGAGUGCCAGUACUGCUGCCGCGAGUUCGCCAACUCGCAGGCGCUCGGGGGACACCAGAACGCGCACAAGAAGGAGCGGCAGCAGCUCAAGCGCGCCCAGCUGCAAGCCGCUGCCGCUGCCGCUGGCCGCGUCGUCUCGGGCGGCGGUGGCGGCGCUCUGUACCCGCGCAUGGCCGUGGCCGGCGGUCCGGGCCAUAACCCGAUGGUGUCCGCCUUCGCACAGCCGGCCCACCUCCUCGGCGGCCAUGGCCAUGGCGGCGACGGCGCCGGGGCGCCCACGAGCUGGGUCUACUUCAGCUCCCCGCGCGCCGCUGCCGUGGCCGGUGGCGCCCAGGGCCAGCAGUUCCACGUGUCCCACGGCUGCGUCUUCCCCACGUCCGGCGGCGCCUCGCCGGCCGCCGUGUUCUCCUACGGCGCCCCGACGGGCGCUGCCAACGUGAACAACGCCGCUGCCGUGUCGGGGCCUUACAUGGCUGACGUGGAUAACCGCCACGGCGCCCGGAGGUCGUCGACGCUCCACGCGAGCCCCGCCGUUGCCAGCUUCGCGAGAUACCCCGGCGGGAUGGUGAUGGCGGCUGAGCCGGAGGAGGCUCUGGGGCUCGACUUGCAGCUCAGCUUGUAGUGAACUAGUGAUCCAUCGUCUUGGCUCGCUCGAUCGAUCGCACAAGCUAGCUGCCUACUCCUGUUACUUCGGUCAAUGGAAUUAAUUACCCAUACUAGAUUCCGUACUAAUUAAGAGCUCGAUCCCCCGCUAGGUAAUUAGCCAGAGGUAGUAAGUAAGUACGUAUUUUUAGCUUCCGGGCUAGCUUAAUCUGGAGUGUAAUCAUCCUCUCCUUUGCUCGUUGUAACGAACUCCGGUUCUUCGUAUGAUUCGAGAUCGAUCGGUCGACGACCAGCACCUUGUAAAUUUUUGGUCAAUCCAUCGUCUCUCUGCCAUUUGCAGUGUUAAUUCAUAUACCAUGCCCAUUUUUUGGUUGA